AUGGCCCUAUCACGACCCCUGCCCAAGUGCAUCGUCGCCUGUAGAUUUUGUCGCGAUAAGAAAGUCAAGUGCUCCGGGACGCACCCCUGCGCAAAUUGCGUCACUCACCAGCAGCCCUGUAAAUAUCCCGAGAAAACUGUCAGGACCAGGCGACAGCGAGUCCCGCAACGCUCACUUGAGGCACGGCUGGCUUCAGUCGAGCUUUUACUGACGCAGAAUGCCCAAAAACCAUGGUCGUCGUCACAAGUCAACGAAUUCAGCCCGCAACAGCCUAGUAAAACAACUCCACAACAACAGCAACCUCCUCCCAUUCAAACCCCGCCAUUUUCACACACUACAGAGACUGUGCCAGAUGCUAUGCCAGAAUCCACUGUUUGCGUAGCAGAAACACGCAAUACUGCUAGUCCUGCUGCAGGCGUCGCAUCAGGACCUGCAACGACCAAUUCCCCCGGCUUGACUGACGAUGGAAGUUCAGAAAGCUCUGAUAGACAGCUGGUAGCUCACGAGAGAACCACUGGAGAGCCGCCUCUUCCUCCUCAAGACACGCCCCUUGAGAUGAUUCAUGUGACCUCGCAGAGCCUUUCAGUUGCCGACGGUGAUCCGAUAAGUUUGGACUGGCCCUUGGUAGAGCGAGUGAUGGAAUCUCCUCUUACAGCUGACGAGGACCAGGAAAACAAGGAGGCCGAGGAAGACGACCACCGCGGGAUUAUGUACGAGGUGGUUUCUCCAGGACUUCUUUCUAUUUGUUCCUCGGCGUGCUCAGAUUGGAUUUGCAAUCGACUGGGCAAUCAGGAUUUCCAUGCGAGUGCCUGCAACUUCUCCGCAACCAUGACCAGACGUCUGAGAUUAGGUCGGCGGCUUGGAAGAGAGCGGGCAGCUGAUCCAGAUUAUGAGACAGCGAUGAAGUGGACACAAGCGUUCUUUGAUGAGAGCAUUGAGCAUGCUUGGGGGCUGGUGCCACGCCGGGCCUUUGAGAUGCGUCUUGAGCAGCAUUACAAGAGUCCCCGCCCACAAAUAUACGAUCAGAAUGUCAGUUGGUAUGCCCUCCGCAACAUCGUUUUCGCAAUAGGUGCUCGACUGGCUCUAUCUCCGACACGGCUUGUCCCGAGUUUGAUGGAUGCUCAAAAGCAAUCAUGGCCGUUUUUCGAGAACGCGUUUUCGGUCCAGGUUGAUCUCAUGUAUAUGCCCUCGGGCAUUAUCAAUAUUGAAAUAUUUCUGUUGAUGAUGUUCUAUUGCGAGGGCAUCACAAGUCCAAAGCUGUCAUACAUGCUACUGGGCUGCGCUACUAGAUUAGCCCAGAGCAAGGGACUUCACCUCAUGCCAGCUGCGUACACGCAUGUAUCGGAAACCGAGGACAUUAGCAGGAAAUACCUGUGGUGGAUAAUAUAUGUGCACGAUAAAACCACUUCUCUGAUCACAGCUCGGCCAUCGAUGAUCUCCGACAAGGAUGUAAGCGUUGGACUACCAACAAUGGCCCGCCCAGACACCGCCACCGAUCUGGCUUUAUUCGUCAACACCAUCAAACUUGCCCAGAUAGUGUCUGUGAUUGUCAAAAAGCUGGUCGGCCCCAGCGCAAGAAGAAGGUCGUACAGCAAACUUACGGAUCUCGCUGCGAGCUUAGAGAGCGACUUGCGGCACUGGCAAGCCGGAGCAAGAAUCGAAGACGAGGAAAUUCCGUCCUCCGGAUCCCAGUCAAGUCACUUCCGAGUGAGAUCAACAAUGAGACUGGAAUUGAAGCUCUGCUAUUAUUGUGCCUUAUGUGCCCUGCACGGUACAUCUCGCCGGCCAUGGGAGGUUCCCCCAGAGCAGGAAGCAGAAUAUCUCGCACAAGUUCAGGAGGCAUGGCCUAAGAUUGCUGAAGCGUCUCGCUCGCUCAUAACACUAUGUCAGCCAUGUCAAGUCAAUGCCGCCACUCCAACGAGAUUGGCAAUUUACUAUCCACUCGUGGCGGUUACCAACCUGUUCAUUAACGUCCUUGAGAACCCGACUGCGCAAUCUGUCACAGCUGACGUCAAUCUGAUUGAUAUGAUGACAGGGACCUUUGCUCGGCUGGAAUAUGCCACCAGUGGGCACCUGAACAUCACUUUCCCCCGAGAGUUGGCCGAUUUUGCGCGAGGUCUUUUGUCAAGAGUCAGAGACUCCCCACCAGAUACUAGUCUCUCGUCGUGUUUGCCAACUGACCUAGAGAUGUCUCUUGCUCAAUACAACUUCAACAUUCCAUUGGACCAGGUAUGCUCAAGCAAGGAUCCUUCUUAUUCCUUUCACGAUUGGCUUCUUGAAGGAACCAUCUGUUAA